CGGCGCUCGAAGAUGAACACAGCUCUGCUGUGUCAAUUUCCGGCAAAUUUAUUCACGGAUUACGGCAAUAGGUUGCUGAAAUGCAAUUCUUUCGGUAAAAGGGUUUCUUUCAUCCGUCGCUGCAUAAAAAAUGAGACAAAAUCACAACCCCAUCAGGGCUUCUCAGUUCUCGCAACAGAUCCUCACCCUCAGCUUGAUAUUGGAAGUAUAUGGAGCUCUAUGGGUUUUUAUGUGUUCAGCAUUCACGUCCCGUUGAGUUUUGGCGGUCUUUCUGCUGCUGCAAAGAUAUUGCAUCAACCCGUCCUCGAUCCACAGACCGAGGCAUUCUUCAUCUUCGCAAUCCAAACCUUAGAGCUUAGCAUUGUUCUGCUGCUGCUAAAGUGCCCCGGUAAGCCUCAGUAUGACCUUAAAGAUUUCUUUCGUGCCAAUAAGUCUUCAAAACAACGAAGCUGGCUGCUGGCAUCGGUGCUCGGGUUUGGAGUCCUUCUGUCAUUGGUCUUUAUCACUUCGUAUUUUGCUGAGAGAUUGAUUGGACCCAAGGAUGUGAACAAUCCAUUCCUCAAGGAUAUUCUCACCGGCAGCUGGAGUUCUGCAACCGCCUGCGUUCUUGUCUACUCCAUCAUCACUCCGUUGCUGGAAGAAGUCGUGUACAGAGGUUUUCUCUUGACAUCUCUUGCCUCCACAAUGAACUGGCAGCUAGCGGUUGCAAUCAGUUCCGUUGUUUUCAGUGCAUCCCACUUCUCGGGCGAGAACUUCUUGCAACUCCUCAUUGUUGGAUUCGUGUUCGGAUGCUCUUACUGUUGGACCGGGAACUUGAGUUCAUCGAUAUGCAUACAUUCUCUGUACAACGCCCUGAUAAUGUAUCUAACAUUUAUAUCAUGAACAAGGUUUCUAAAUCCGUUUUGCUCUUCUAUCUGUA